CACAAAGGCGGAGUUAGAAAAGUUUAACUAGCGUCAGGAUAGAGGAGUCCCGAUCGCCAGCGCCUGGAUAAAUAGAGAAAUGAACGGAGCGCCUCUACCACUUACCUCCUACUAAGACAGAAGUGUCAUUAAUCAACAGGGGAAAAAAACAUCAACAGUAGGGAUGCGCCCUCUCGGAAACCUACACCCCACCAAAUAGCAUAACGUCUUGUAACGAGAAAAAAUCCUUGAACAUCUCUCUUCUUUACAUGUGAGAUGUUAUUAAAAUGGACAAGGCUGGAAGUUAAUUUCUUUUGGUGCGAGGCUUUUAAAAAUGUCAGAAACCUGCUCUGUCAGCUCGGGGUCCGUUGUAAAUAGCGGUCAGCGGAUCCUCCUGUUGGCUCUGAAAGGAGAAUGGAUCACACUGGAACAGACCCUCAAGGGAUUUGACAAGGGAGAUCCAGAAAUCUCUCAAACUGAUGAAGAGUUUGGCUUUAGCCCAUUGAUGAUUGCCAUCAAGGAGAAUCGUCUCUCUAUAGUGGACAGACUUCUGGAACUUGGUGUCAACCUCAGCGAUCGAACAAAGGAUGGCAGGACAGCCUUGCAUGUGGCAGCAGCUCAUUCCAAAGAUGAAAUCGUUAAGCUGCUGGUGAAGAAAACUGAUCCCAAUGUGCCAGGAGGGCCCAAGGACCAGUUGCCGCUGCACUAUGCUGCCUCACGGCCCACAGGUGCCCAGAAUGUUAUUCAAACAUUGCUCAGGUUUUCCAGCAAAGAUGCUCGCAUGGUGCAGGAUAAGGAUGGCUGCAUUCCAGUGUUUUUAGCUGUCGAAGCUGGGAAUAUUGGAGUUGUGAAGGAGCUUCUCGGCGCAACGCCAGAGCCACAGCUCAGAGCUCAGAGGAAGGGUAAUGGCGAUGCUGCUCUGCAUAUCUGCUGCAGGAGGAAAGACAUAGAAAUGGCAAAGUUUCUCGUGGAAUUUGGGGCCAGUGUGGACUUUCAAAAUGACGAAGGACAGACACCUCUCCAUGUUGCUGCCUGGGAAGGAGAUGAGCUCAUGCUGAAAUACUUCUACCAAUGCAAAGCCAACCCCAACAUUGUUGACAAGAUGGACAGAUCCCCUUUGCAUAUUGCAGCAGAACGAGGCCACACCAAUGCAGUGGAAGUCCUGACAGAGAAAUUCAGGUCUGAUGUUUUGGCCAGGACAAAGGAUGGCAGUACUCUCAUGCACAUUGCUUCUCAAUGCGGCCACCCAGAAACUGCACUGGCAUUCCUGAAAAAAGGAGUUCCUCUUCACAUGCCAAACAAAGCCGGAGCAGUGUGCCUCCACGCAGCCGCGAAGAGCGGCCACAGCGCGGUGGUGAAGGCGCUGCUGCAGAAAGGAGCCCACGUGGACGCCACCACCAAGGACAACUACACCGCGCUCCACGUCGCGGUGCAGAGCUGCAAGCCCCUGGUGGUGCAGAUGCUGCUGGGCUUCGGGGCCCGAGUCCAGCUCAAGGGCGGGAAGGCCCAGGAGACUCCUCUGCACAUUGCUGCCAGAGUGAAAGAGGGAGAGAAAGUGGCAGAGAUGCUGCUGAAGAGCGGAGCAGAUGUCAAUGCGGAGCAGGAGAAUGGGGAAACAGCCAUGCAUAUAGCCGCUCGCCAUGGCAACCUGAAGAUGAUGCAGGCCCUGAUCGAGGAAGGGGGGGAUGUGACCUCGAAGUCUAAGGCUGGAGAGAGUCCUCUGCACAUAGGAGUACGCCACUGCCAUGCCCACAUUGUACAGGAGAUCCUCAGCUAUUUGGCCAAUGAGAGGAGCCCCAAAGAGGCCACUGUGUGUGUCAGACAGGAGAACCAGGAAGGAGAGACGCCCUUGCAUCUGUCUGCAGAGCUUAAGAAGGAAAUGAUCCACUUUGAAGGAGAGGACAUCGCAAUCGUCAGAAUCCUCAUGGAGUGUGACGCAGACGUCUCUGCAGCGACAAAAGUGUCUGGGGAGACACCCCUUCACUACUGUGCCAGAGUGGGCAAUGCAGAUGUCCUCCUGGAGAUCCUCAAGAGCCUCAAGUCCAGUCAGCUGCAGCAGGCUGUCAACAAGCACGCCAAGAAUGGGUGGUCUCCACUACUGCUGGCGGCAGAGCAAGGACACAAACAGAUUGUGAAGAUCCUGCUGCAGAAUCAUGCCAGAGUGGACGUUUUCGAUGAACACGGAAAUGCAGCUCUGCACCUGGUCUCGGGAAAGGGCCAUGAGGAGAUUGCGGAUAUCCUGCUGUCACACAAAGCAUUUGUCAAUGCCAAGACCAAACUGGGCAUGACUCCGCUUCACCUGGGGGCACAAAAUGGCUACAACAGGCUGGUGCGGAUGCUGGUGGAGACCCACAUGGCCGGCAUCGAUGCCCUCUCUCUGAAUAAACAGACACCUCUUCACCUUGCGGCUCUCAAUGGUCAGCUAGAAGUGUGCAGCAGCUUACUUAACAUGAGGGCGGACGUCAACGCUACUGAUAUUCACGGACAGACACCUCUCCAUCUGGCCGCGGAGAAUGACCACUCGGAGGUGGUGAAGCUCUUCCUGAACCACAGGCCCGAGCUGGCCACGCUGGCCAACGUCGAGGGCGCCACCUGUGCCCACAUCGCCGCCUCCAAGGGCAGCGUGGCCGUCAUCAAAGAGCUUCUCAAGUUCAACAAGGGCGGGAUGACCUCUGCACACAACAAGACAAAUGGCUCAAGCCCAGUCCACUUGGCAGCUGCUGGAGGCCACACAGAGGUUGUGAAGGUGUUACUUGAGGCUGGAGCUUCAGCAGCUGAAGAAAAUGCGGAGGGAAUGACUGCUAUUCACUUAGCCGCCAAGAACGGACACACACAUGUCCUGGAAGCCUUGAAGGGCAGCAUCUCCCUUAAAAUAUACAGCACCAAGACAGGACUCACCGCACUCCAUGUGGCAGCUUGUUUUGGACAGACGGACUUUGUGAGGGAGAUUCUCACCAAGGUGCCGGCCACGAUGCGCAGUGAACCUCCUCAAAGCUCCACAGAGGGACAGCCUGGUCGAGAACCACUCGCUGAGUCAGGCCUGACCGCCCUCCACCUGGCCGCACAGUCUGGCCACGAAGGCCUGGUGAGGCUCCUGCUGAACUGCCCCGGAGUGCAGGCCGACGCCGAAACCAACUUGCAGGGCUCGACUCCCCUCCACCUGGCCGCGCAGAACGGCCACACGGAAGUUGUGGGCCUCCUGCUCAGCAAGGCCACCUCCCACCUGCACCUGAAGGACAAGCGCGGGCGCACCUGUCUCCACCUGGCCGCCGCCAACGGACACGUUAACAUGGUCAGGGUGCUGCUCGGCCAGGGGGCUGAGAUUAAUGACAUAGACAAGAGUGGCUGGACUCCCUUGCAUUUUGCAGCCAAGUCGGGGUUUCUGGGGAUGGUGCGUUUCCUGGUGGAAAGUGGGGCGUCAGCCAGGAUGGAGUGUAAGGAAGGAAGGACUCCCAUCCAGUACGCCGCUGAGGAAAACCACCAGGACACCGUCAGCUUCCUGUUGAGGCAAGACAACAACACCUUCAAACUUGUGGAAGACAGGAAGUUCAUUUUCGACCUGAUGGUCUGCGGGAAGCUGAACAACAACGCUGUGAUCGAGGAGUUUGUCCUCCACUCCCCUGCCCCUCUCGAUGCGGCCGUGAAGCUCUCGCGGGCAUUCGGCCUCACCGCUCUGAAGGAAAAGGAGCGCUCCAUGGACCUUCUGAACGCCGCGAAGUACUGCGAGGGCAUGGCUACCGAGCUCCUCACCGUGGCCUCUGGAGGCAAAAGCGCUGGCUACAUCCUACGCGCGCUGGACCACCGCGGAACAACCAUGCUGGACUGCCUGAUUGAGAGCCAGCAGAAGGAUGUGGUGGCCCAUCCUGCUGUUCAGAAGUACCUGACGGAGGUGUGGUAUGGCAGCCUGAAGUGGGCACCCUGGAAGAUCGUCCUCCUCUUCUUCUGCCUGCUGUCCUGCCCACUGCUCUGGCUGGCCUUCUCCCUCCCACUGAAGCACAAGUUCAAUAAGAUCCCCAUCAUGAAGUUCAUGAGCCACCUGGUCUCCCACAUCUUCUUGUUACUGCUCUUCAUCCUCACCAUUGUUUAUCCCCCAGUUAGUCCCAUCUACCUGGGGAAUCUGCUGCCCGAGUGGAAUGAGUGGCUCCUCUUGGCCUGGCUUUCGGGGAUGCUGGUGUCCGAAUUGACACACCCAGGAGAGCGGGCCGGAUUAGCCUGGAUCCGUGUCUUAGUCCUUGGUUUCUCCGCUGUGGCCUUCUUCUGUCACUUGCUAGCUUUCGCCUUCCAGUCUCCCGAUGACCUCCACUGUCUUUUUGCCCGCAACAUCUUCCUAGCUGUUUCCAUGACCCUCAGUUUUGUGCAGUUCCUGGAAUUCCUGACCUUUCAUCACUUGUUUGGCCCCUGGGCCAUUAUCAUCCGAGAUCUCAUUAAAGACCUGGCUCGGUUCGCAGUCAUCCUGGUUCUUUUCCACACUGCCUUCACCAUGAACCUCUCUGCUGUCUACCAGCCAGUCUACCCAGAGGAGCUUUCCUUUGGAAACACCACUGGCGACCAUAAUAGUACAGAGAUUCAAACCCCGUUGGAAAUAUCCAUCAAACUGUUCUUUGCACUCUUUGGGCUGAUUGAUCCUGAUUCCAUGCCAUCGCUGAAUCGGUCACCGGCUUUCACAGGAGUCAUCACUCACUUUGUCUUCGGAAUCUACCUGGUGGUGACAGUCAUUGUGCUGGUCAAUCUGCUGAUCGCCAUGAUGAGUGAUACGUAUCAACGCAUCCAGGCCCAGUCUGACACCGAGUGGAAAUUCGGGAGAGCGGUGCUGAUCCGGGACAUGAACCGUAAAUCUGGCACACCCUCGCCUUUCAACCUCUUCACCAACCUCUUCUUCUAUGUCAAGAUGCUCUGCAAACAUGGAGGAAAGGUUUGCUCGUCUGAAGGGAGGGACCUGAUGACAGAGGAGGAGGACCUAGACGCCGUGUCAGACACCCACUCUCUAGAUUUGCUGGCGCGCACAUCUGUUGGCUGGAUGAGAACUAACAGGAGGAGCCAGAUCUCUCCAGAGGGUGGUUUCGUCAGACACUCCAGACAGAGUGGGCUACUGCACAUUGACGAGGUGACUGACUGGCACACUGUGGCUCUGCGGUACCUGGUCCUUAGGGGAAAAACUGAUGAAACACUGCUUGAAAAGAAUCAAUGUCCAUACGAGGAACCCAUCAUGGUGCAUUUUAAACAUCCCUCCAAUGCAAAUAUGCCAGAUCACAUCUCCUGACAAUAAUUACUUUGUGCUUAAUACUUCCUUGUCAUUACAGCUCCUUAUGCAGUGGUCUGCCUAAACCUUAUGAUGUAGUAUCAGUAUCAAGAAGAAAUGACACAUCUGAUUUGUUUUUCUUGCCACCUACUGUAUGGAAAGCAUGAAAUAUGAAUGAACUAAUUUCUACUGGGAAUGCCAAAGAACUUUUCAUCCAGGGAACCUUCAUAUCUGAGCUUUGCUGAUUAGAAACGGUAGAUAAGAUAGUACAUAAAACCUAUUGUUUGUUUUUUGUGACAGUUAAAGAGAAGACACUAAACCAUGGUCAUAAAUGGAUAGGACUGUUGCCCUUUACCAACUAAGAAACUUGCCAAUUUUGUGUCCUCUACCUGUAGCUACUACUGCAACCCAGAGGGUAAAGGUGGCUAUCAAUUUAGAUUGCGCUCUCUGCAGUGAAUGUAUCACCAGCAAGCAAGCUAAGAUAAUCUAAAGAGUUCUGCAAAGGGGCAGACUUCUAUUGAUUUAGACAUUUUGGCACCUUUUGUGGAUGUAACGCUGUGGUCCAACAUGAACUAAAACUGGGGCAAAAGUGUCUUUUCCCCAGCUAGCAGCAUGUGGCCUAUUUCUGGCUGCUGAAUUUAGACUAGAAAAUGAUGUCUUUAUUUUUAGAAGGUGAAGACCUUAAGACUCCGAUAAAAUAAACUUCAGAAUGCAAUAAUAUACUGUAUAUAUACUGUACAUCCUAACGGUUUUUAUUACCACUUGAGUUUAUGUGCUUUAGUAGAGUGGUUCUUACUUCAAUAACUGAUUUUCUUCUCUUCUUAAAGAAACUAACCAUUUGCCUAAGUGAUGUUAUAAACAGAUAAUCAUUUUAUUAGUGCUGAUGUGUGUCUGAGACAUGUCUCAUGAUUUACAAGGCUACAUCUGGCACACUUAAUUCCAUCUUCAGCUUUAGUUUGAUGUCAUCGUGUCAUUCUACACAGCCUAGACCUGUUUAUUCAGUUUUCUCUGAAUUUGUUUCAUAGCUGUUAUGGCUAUUCAUAUCUACAUUUUAAAUCCUCCAGAUUUUGUUGCUAUCCAUGUCUGCUGGAGUGCAUGCUUUUCGAAUGAGAUCUUAGCUGCUUUAUUUACAGGUAUUCCAGUUUUACUAGACUUCGGUCAUGUUCAGACACAAUAGCUCCUUUUACGUAGUGAUGAUUCCAGAUGCACGGUAACAACUGGGCCAGAAUGUGCCGUGCAGAAGCUGAAAAAUUUGAUAGCUGUCUGCAUUUUCAAGAUGUAGGCUCCAUAAUACACAGUUCAAGACGGCUAACAAAAAUAAUAUAUUGUCAUGCUGCCCAUUAAAAAAAAAACUACAGUAUUAACAUUCAUGCCUUUCUCUUUAAAAGCAAAUUAUUAACCUCCAUUAAGUAUUGCUUCUCUAGCUUAUAUGCUACACGAACAUGUCGCAAUCCACUAGAAUUGCUUAAAACAUUUAAAUAAGCAGAAAUAUUUAUUCAUUAACAUUUUUUCACAAGCACACCUUUCUGUGGAAAAAAAAUAUUUCAUUUUAAUGUACAAGGAAAAAAGCUGUGUUUAAGAUGAAUGUUUCUUAUAGUGGUUCUUGUUAAUACAGAUUAACCUGUUAUAUUUAGAAAUUUAAUUCUAAAUUUCUGAAAGAAAAUAGCCUGUGUCAACACAAGUGGAUGACGUUUCGAUAAAAAGGUACAUUUGUUUAUUUUUCUGUUUACCUUCACAUGUUGUGUGAUUAGAUGUUGACGUUUAAAUGAAGAUAUAAAAUGGAAGGUACAGUAGACACAAAAUUCCUUUUCAAGACUGCGGUUGGUGACAUUACAACCUAUGUUGAAAAUAAUACGAGGAAUAUAAUAAAAUUUGAAAUUGCAUUAUAUUGUUUGCAACAGUACAAUAUUUCACAAAGUUAGGCUAAAAAUCACAAAAACAUGUUUGACUCUGGUUCAGGCCAGCUAAAAUCAGAUUAGAUUCUUGGACCUUAUCACAGUGCCAUUAUCAGUUACUGUUUAAUACUGAAGAUGUGGCUUGAAAGGGCAUUUUUGCAACUAUAUUGUGCAAAAUGUAGCAUGCCUCUAUAAUGUAAGCACCUUAUUAAGUAUGUAUUAUAGCACUUAAUUUGAUGUUGUCUUCAUUUAACCUAAUGUCACCUUCAGGCUAGGGUUCAUUAUUUUGAUGUUUUUCAUGUUUGGUAAGGACAUACCGUAACUAUGUGAAUAUGACUAUAUAGCAGCCUUCUAAAAUAUCUGGGCUGCAAAAUCAAAAUCUGGUUUUGACUAACUGUUAUUUUUGCUUUACAGUCAAGCAUUUGGUAUUUGUGAUUGGGAAAUAAAUAGGAAUGAUAAGAGCAAUAGGAUUUCCUUUUAUUUUUGGGUAAUUCCAUGCAGAUAUUUGAUCAGAUUUCGUCAUAUCAUACUUUAUGAUAAGAAAACAUUUAGACUAUAAGUUAGAAGCACUACAUUUACAUAUGAUGUAAAUUUCAGAGUAUUAAAAGACUUUGUAUGAAACCCCUUGAGUAAUCCUGGGUAAUCACCAAUUUCUGUGUAAGCAUUGAGCAUGCUUUGUCAAGCCUUUGCUGGAUUUACUUUGAGAUCUUGCCUACUCUUAAGGUAUUCAGACUUAUUUUUUCUUUGGCACGUAAAAUGCAUGCUCAGUUGAAUUUAAAUUUGGACAUUAACUUGACCAGUGUUAGAUUUUCUACUUUUUUCUCCUGAUCCUCCUGGUUUAUGUUGCCAGUAUGCUCUGGGUCAUUGUCAUACUGCAUGGUGAAGCACUGCGUGAUUAGAAUGGAAAACAUUUUUUUUCUGUGUAUAGAAACAGAAUGUUCCUGUCAACCAUAGAUAAAGACAAGUCAGCCAGUUCCUGAAACAGCCAGGUGCGCUCAGGCCAUGACAUUACCUCCACCAUUCUUCACAGAUGAAGGGCUGAUUUUUGGAGCACCUACAGCUUCUUUCUUAUUUCACAAUUUAACCUUUCCAUCACAUUGCUGAAUGCUUAUCUUGGACUCAUCUGUCCAUAAAAUUCUGUUACAAACUAUUCUGGCUCAUCUCUGUACUUCUGAGGAAAUUCAGAAGUAUGGUGAUAUAUCAUGGCCUGAACUGCCUCUGAAACUGACGAGUACAUCUGAAUCCGUCUCUGUUUUUUAUAAAAAUAAA